AGCCUCCGGUCUCGACUCCUCCCCUUCCCCUCAUACACCUCUUCCUCCUCGCAGCGGCCUUUAAGCCGAGCAUGGACCUGGCCGCAUGGCUCAAUGCUCCUUCCCUCGAUCUCGGUCUCCACGUCGGCGACGGCAAGCUCUCCGUCGAAGAAGACGACGGGAAAGAGGUGAGGGCGCUGGAGGCCGAGCUGGACCGCGUGACCCAGGAGAACAAGCGGCUCAAGGAGAAGCUCGCGGCCAUGGCGGCGAGCUACGGCACCCUCCGCAGCCAGAUGGCUGAUCUGAUAUCCAAGGCCUCGUCCGAGGGCGCGUCCGUCUCGCCCGGGACGAAGAGGAAUAGACACACCCUCGAUUCCUUCUCCCCCGCCCCCGCCCCCGUCCCCGCCGCCGCCGCUAGUCUUGGCACGAACUGCAUCAGGAACGAGGCGGAGAGCACGUCGAGUGAGGAUUCGUUCAAGCGAGUCAAGGAAGAGAAUAAGCCCAAAGUUUCGAAGCUGCACGUUCGCACUGAUCCGUCCGAUUCGAGCCUCAUCGUGAAAGAUGGGUAUCAGUGGAGGAAAUAUGGCCAGAAGAUUACCAGAGAUAACCCGUGCCCGAGAGCGUACUUCAGAUGCUCUUUUGCUCCAGCUUGCCCUGUCAAGAAGAAGGUCCAACGAAGCGCAGAGGACCCGUCGUUGUUGGUUGCCACCUACGAGGGCGAGCACAACCAUGGCCGGGCUCCUCAUCCUCGAGCUCAACAAGCGUCGGGCCGCAGCAGCUCGGUCACCAGCCAAUCUCCCGCACCGUCGACGAGGCGACCGCAGGAGGCCGAGUCGCCGGAUCUGCAUGCGGGACUGGUGGAGCAAAUGGCUGCGACGCUGACGAACGAUCCGGUCUUCAAGGCUACUCUGGCCGCUGCCAUCUCCGGCAGGAUGCUCCGGUCAUCUCCUCCCAAGUAACAGCCCUUGUUCCUGUAAAUAGGAAUCUUUUGUUAGCAGGAGAAGAAGUUUGAUUCUGAGAUUGAUGUUGUCGAGUCGAUAAUCAAAGAUUCGAGUUCCAGAUCAACCGAAUUUAAGCUCAA